AUGUUCAGAGUGGUCAGAAGGAUAAAGGAAUGCAGAUUAGCCCUGAUUGAAUGGAGCAAAAGAGUGAAAGCUAAUACAAAAGUAAAGAUCCAAGAGAUAAAGGAGAAGUUGAAAGUAGCAAGAGAGGAAGGUGAUCUAUGUAACAGUGGAGAUAUUGCAUCCCUGAAAAGGCAGCUAAGUAAAGCUUACAAGGAUGAGGAGCUGUUUUGGAGUCAGAAGUCAAGAAGUAGAUGGCUUAAAGAGGGGGACAAGAAUACAACAUUUUUCCAUAUAAGUGUAACGACAAAAAGGAAAAGAAACAGGAUUAGCAUGCUACAAAAACUGAAUCGGGACUGGUACAGAAGUGACCAGGAAAUUGAAGAAGAAUUGUGCCAGCACUAUAGGGAACUUUUUACUUCUACAGAUCCUAAGGAAUUUGAUGAAAUGCUGUAG